AUGGACUCUCAUCCAUCAGGUCAGCCUCGAAGAGGCUCCCGUUGGACAAAUUCCAGGCUCAGUCGACGUGUUCCAUUGUCACCCGAAGGUAGUGACGGCAGUGAUAGUGGCGGUGUGGGAGGUGGUGCCUCCGUCCAUUCCCGUCCCUCAUCCAAAGCUUCUAGCAAGUCUAAACCAAGCGCUGUUAAGAACAAGGUUGACGACAACAAGUCAUCCAUCGCGAGUGCUCACUCGUCUCCUCAUUCUGACUCUAGCGGAAAGACGAUCAAGGCUGCCGCUCCUAAGCCUGUUUCUGGAAAUGAAGUCAAACCUAGUGCUUCUAGCAUGAACGCCGAUAAAGCAAUCGGCGAUGGCAAGACACCUGUCCGUGCCACUAUGACGUCUGCUACGCCUCUGAGCGCCGACAAUAGUUCCCAACCUGUCGCCAGCGGACACAACCUCAACCCGUUCAGUGAAUCUUUCCUGCGCGCACAUAUGGCGCAUCGCUCUAUGGACGUUGCCAAUAGCCCAAGCAGCAACAACAUGCAGGCUUAUUCUUCAGGUAGCGGUCCUGAAAGCUUUUCUGGCACAGCUCAUUCCGUUCAUCAUGGCAUUAACCGGUCGCUGGACUUUGCCAUGACCGGGAAGAAGGCCCAGCCCGAUCAGAAGGUCUUAGUUACUGCUAUGGAGGGCCUCGCCCAAAAAGGACCGUCGACUGAUAAUCGCAGCGGCAUUACUCGGACACCUAACAGUAGCCCUGCUACGUCUUUCGUCCCUAACCAGGCUGCAUCUAAGGAUCACGCUCGACGUGAAUCGAACAGUACGCGAUCCGUUGAUUCUCCAGAGGUGGCAUCAAUGCUUUUUCAGAAGCUCAGUGAUUCAGCACGUGGUGUCUCUAUUAAUUCGACUUCGCCCACGCCCGGAUUCGGUCCAGAGACCCGGAUCUCUCUUGGACUAGAGAAUCGAAGCCCCCCCGGCUUUAUCAGAAGCACGCCCGAGACGGAACAUGGAAAGGAGAAGAGAAAGGAGGUAUCUAGAGCCUACGGUCCUAGAAAGCCUAGCCCUUUGAACUCUGUCAUGAAUUCCAGUGACGAAGAAGAGGGCGACGGAAAAUCUACCAAGAGCCAGCAUGGUGGUUCAACAACCCCCACACCCACGCCUCGUGGUAGAAACAAUACUCUUCCAGCAACCAACGCGCGACAGCAGCAGCACCCGCGAGCACACUCUCUAACCGUCGAGGGUCGUACUAAUGACAUGACGGGUAGCGCCCAACCUAACUCUGAGGGAUUGACCGUGGAUCAGUAUGCGCAUGGCUUACCAGGUAGCGCUUCUACUGGCGCUUUGACGGAGCGAAUUAGCGCGCCAAUGCAGCCGCCUCGGCUAAGUGCACGGAGUUGUUCACCACAACAACAUCAGGAAGGCCCGGGAAGCCUUGCUGUCGUACGAAGACCAGUCGUUCCACUUGUUGGUCCAUUGGAAUUCGACCCUGUGCCAGAAGAUAUCUGGCAUGCCCGCUCGCCAAUGUUGAAUCAACUGACAGGCUUCGAAGGCAGACCAUCGUUACGCGACAUCCUGCACCCCUGGUAUGUUCCUUUUUCAGAGAGGUGCCGUUUCGUCGCGCAAAGCAUUGCUGGCGUAAUUUGCAUCAGUAACGUUCCUUACGAAGUCUCGCGCGCCGAGGUCAUCGCGUUCCUUGGUCGCUCUGCAAACAUUCUUAACGACCGGGACGAACCUGUUCACAUCAUCAUGGAUCGUACGACUAGCAAAACGAAUGAAUGUUAUGUCGAAUUUGCUUCCUUCGAAGAUGCUGUGACCGCGGUGACUCGAUACCAGAAUGCGGUCGAGAAUGGCACUCAUGUCCCUAAAAUCGGAACACGUAACGUCGACGUUGCAAUUUCGAGUCAGGCAACGCUCAUGAAGAAUUUGUUCCCGCUAGCGAAAGGCGUUCAAUGGGAAGAGGUGCCAUUUCGUAUCACCCGUGAUUCUCCCCACGAUUGGGACAACUUCAAAGGAUUCAUUACCCAGGAGGAGAUGACAUUGCUCUGCAAGCAUGUAGAGGGUUACAACAAUCCCGUCUUUGCCAAGAAGUGCCCGGAACGGCCAUAUGAGUGCCUCAUUAGCACAAUCAAGAAGUACCCGUGGCACAUGUCUGAACACGUCACCAUCCGAGAACGUGGAUAUUUGUACGACGCAGGUCUGAAGAUGAUCGGCCAGCUGCAGAAACGCAUUGGCAAGGGUGAUAAGCCGGAUCGGUUGACGCCGCAGCUUUUGAACCGCCUCGCAGAGACGAUGGUGUCCUCUCCUGGGUUCAGCGCUGCCCAGAAGGACAACAUUGCUUAUCAAGCCAACAUGCCUGAGUACAAAUUGAGAGACAUGGGCCAACCGCGUUUUGCGGGAUUGUGGCGCCAUUUAUUGGUUAUCAAUAUCAAGGAGGGCGUUCCCCUGGAUAUGGUUGAGUAUUACAUAUCUCUAAUUCGGGACGAAACCACUCGAAUUGCCGGACUCCAGGGCAUCAGCCAGCAGCAGCGUCUUCUUGCUGAACAGGCAACCACCUCGGACUACUGGGGUUUCUUCUAG